AUGUUAAAAUUAAUAUGUUUAAGUAUUUUAUUUAUUGUCACAUGCAAUGGUAUGCCUGGUGGUUAUAAAGAUCGACCAGAACUGUUGAAUGAUCCCAUUAUACAUUCACUUACUAGUUUUGGUGUUGAAAAAUUAUUCGAAAGUCAAAAUUUAAAAUUAACAAAUGUAAAAGUAACACGUGUACAAACACAACUGGUUGCUGGUACAAAUUAUAAAAUUGACUUUACGGCUAAAUCAGUUCGUACUGAAGCACAAACAACAUGUCAAAUGGUUAUUUUUGUCAAACUCGAUGGUCAACGAACAUUAUCACAAUCACAAUGUCAAUAA